AUGGUGUUUCCAAAGAUUUUCUCUUCAUUGUUGCCUGAGCCCCUCACACUUCUUGUGUUGAUGAUCAUAGACUUUGUGCAAGUGUUAUACCUGUUCUCCUCAUUUGUAUCCACAGGUGUUGCAGCCAGUUCUUUAUUCACCAGUGGGAAAUAUGUAAUAGAUCCUGAGCUGCGGGGAUCAGAAUUUGAGCGCAUCACUCAAAACCUGGAUGUUAAUUUCUGGAAAUCCUUUUGGAAUAUCACAGAGACCGAGAUCUUAGCUUCAUUAGCAAGCAUUGCCUCCACCCAGGUAAAAGUCAACAAAGGCCUGUCUGUGCCCCCCAACUCUUUCGAGUUGCCACUAGCGACUGAUCCAAACCUGACAGUUACUGUCACUCCUCCUGUUGCACACAGUGGCCCGGGAGCAGUCCAGAUGCGCCUUCUGUCAUAUGUACUACGUGAAGGACAGGACAGUGAAGAGCUGAACAGUUUCAUGAAAGUUGAAGGUCAGUUGAACUUGGAUCUGCGAUUAAAGACAAAAAUAUUUCCUCGAUCGAGUUGCCUUCUUAUCCAUUUCCAUGGGGGUGGAUUUGUUGCGCAAACUUCUAAAUCACAUGAGCCAUACUUAAAAACCUGGACCUGUGAUCUUGACAUGCCGAUCCUGUCUGUUGAUUAUUCUCUUGCACCAGAAGCACCUUUCCCCCGAGCUCUGGAGGAGUGUUUCUUUGCCUAUUGCUGGGCAGUCAAGAACUGCCAUCUUUUGGGUUCUACAGGAGAAAAAAUCUGCUUGGCAGGAGACAGUGCUGGUGGUAAUCUUUGUAUUACUGUGUCCAUGCGUGCAGCUGCAUAUGGGGUAAGAAUUCCAGAUGGGGUAAUGGCAGCGUAUCCUGCCACUUUGUUGCAAGCAACUGCAUCACCUUCCCGACUUCUGACAUUGAUGGAUCCAUUGCUUCCUCUGAGCGUUCUUUCAAAGUGCCUGAGUGCUUAUGCAGGAAUUGGAGGUACUCAAACCCUGGAUAAGAAGCAUGCGACACUAAGUACUGUGGGCCUAGUGAGGAGAGAUACAGCACUGUUAUUCCGUGAUCUGCGAUUAGGGGCAUCAGCCUUACUUAACUCCCUUCUAGAUUCAGGACGAAACCAAAAAAACCCUGAGUUUUGUGUCCUUCCUGCUCUCAUCCUAACUCUUGUCUGUGCAGUGAGGCAGUGUCUGUGGACCUGCCUCCAUCGUCCUCUGACCUUUCUGAUGCAUCUCCUGCGAUUUGAGAAGCCUGCCUUUUCUAACAUAAUGACUGCUGAGACCGUUAGAAAAAGCGUUUCUGAGACAGCACUGUCUGAAGAAACCCUAGCCAAUCGGCAACAGACGCUCAAGAGUAAAACUUGUCAGAACUUUGGAAAACAUCUUAUACAAGACACUUGCUCACCAUUAAUGACACCUAAGGAGCCCAAAGAGGAAUUACCAGUCACAGCCUCAGACAGAAGGAAGCACAGUGUGACAUUUUUUCUUGAAGAAGAAAAUGAGCAGGAAAGUGCUGACCCACCUGGAAAAGGAAACACAACUACAAACAGCAGCACAUCUCUUGCUACUUUGGCUUUCCCAGAAGGAUUUGAACCACUUCGUUCUACUGAAGGAUUUGCUGACAUGACUUUCCAAACAUCGCCCAUUGUUCGGAAUCCCUUCAUGUCUCCACUGCUGGCUCCAGAUGAAAUGUUGUUAGGACUGCCACGCCUCCACAUUGUGGCUUGUGCUUUGGACCCAAUGCUGGAUGACUCUGUAAUGUUUGCUAAACGUUUGCGGAACUUGGGCAAGCCAGUUGAACUGUGCGUAGUGGAGGACCUCCCCCAUGGAUUUCUUAGCUUAUCCCAGCUUUCUCGUGAUACAAAAGAUGCAGCAGGUGUCUGUAUUGAACAGAUUCGUAAGGUCAUAGCUGCUAAAGACACUCCUGUUCCCACUAGAAAACAUCGCAAACUAGAGAGAAUAAUUGUAACAGAACCCUCAAAGACACCAGAAAGUCCUGCACAAAAAGAUGUUGGUGCUUAAACUUCUACUGCAGUGUAACCAUACAAAACGUGCUGCUAGCCUCACCGUGUGGCCUGAAGUGUUUGACUUUUUUCUCUUCAGUAUUGUAACAUUUAUUUUAUUUGCUGUGGGUAUUCUGAGAGCUACCAAGAGCUCAAUCUAACCACUUGAGUAUGGUGGAGGAGACCAAGACAGAAUGAAAGAACAUGACAGAACAGUAAAAGAUUUAAGUAUGCCAGGAACUGACUCCUUCCUAUACUCACCAUCUUUAUUUGAGUAAAUACUGGGAUUUUUGUGCUGUGAAUAUACUCUAUUUUCCUGAGUAGGUUCCUGAACUUUUGUGCUGAAAACACAUUCCACUCCUAACAAUAUUUUACUUUUUAAGUGCUCUAAAGAGAACUGUGAACAAAGCGCCACCUGCUGGUGAGAAUUACUGGCAUUUUUUUUUCCAUGAUGUACUGUUGCUCUCUUUCCAUUUUCUACUUCCUAUUAGUCUGUUGGACUUAGAUUCUUAUCAUUUUAAAAUGUUUUAAAUUAUUUUAGGGGGAAAGCUUAAUAUAUUUAUCCUUUAUGUAUUCUGUUUGUGUAAAGGAAAGUAGCACAAAUCUGCAAGCACUGCAUUCUCCAGCCAUGUCUGUACCUUUUCAUAUUUCCUUAACCUUCUAAUUCCCAUUGGGCCAAAUUGAUGGAAUUUACUGGUCCCAACAGAGUAGCUUAGAAAAGGGUAAAAUGAGAAGAGCAGCUUUCAGAAAUCCUGCCUCAUUGCCGAUGUUGCUGCUCAACAUGGAACUGUAGGACCUAUGUGAUGCUUUUCAGUGUGUGAAGACUCACGGACUCUUCUGUUACAUGAGAAGGCACUGGAUAACAUGGCUGCUGCACUUGACAUUUAACUGCGGGAAAAUAUUUGUGAAUAAACUGUGUAGAAGUCAAAGUGAAGUCCUACCUGAAAGGCCAACGUAUGGUACUUAGGGCACUUUAGUGUACCUUUGUUUGAAGCACUGACUUUCUGUUAACUUUUAUAUGUCAACUAAAGAGCAUUUUUCCACACAGAACCAUGAGCAGAAUUUGCCAUUAAAAUCUGCUGGGUAUAGUAGUGGAGUCUAACCAGAGCUGUAGCUAGUUAAUAUAGCACCCAGUGCCGUUCCAUAAUUUUAGUGCCCCUUAACUCUAAGUUGAAGAUGGGGGUGGGGAGGGUCUUCUGCUUUUAAACUGUAGAAUUCCACUUGCUACAGUUAUGGUACCAUCCGCAAAGCGCUCAAGCCCUGACUUCAGUUACAGUAUCAGCAUUCAUUUCUGAAUGCCGGUAUUGCAGUGAAGCCACAUUGGCAACUGACAACUGCACCCCACCCUAGCUCUGCUUCUGAUUCAGCCUGCUGGUGUAGUGCAUCUUAAUAGCUAAUGGUGAUUGUGUGAUUAUUAUUAGUUACGUUGAUAAAAAAAAAUGUACUGCAGUUAAAGAUAAUUCAUUUUGCAUAGAACAUUGUGUUAUGUUCAUAUCUUAAGUUCUGAAUGGUGUGUGUGUGUGUGUGUGUGUGUGUGUG